GGGGCGGGCAUUUUCAUUGUUCAGAUGGGAAUGCCCAAACGAUGAGCAAAGCCGGCGACGAAGAAGACGAGGACGAGUGUUUCUACGAGUCUCUUGAUCGUAUAUUAUCGUCGUCCAACUCUUCUUGCUCUUCGUCUUCGGCUGAGGAUUACGACGACGACGACAAAGAUCAGAAAUCGAUUUCGGAUUCCCCCAAUUAUGCUUCGGACCGACCUCCAUUGCCAAUCCCUAGAUUCCCUAUGGGCGUAUCCAAUAACUACGAUGUUUGGAUCUCCGAACCCUCCUCGGUGGAGGAUCGCCGUAUGCGGCUCCUCCGCCAGAUGGGUCUCAGUCGGGACCCCAUUCUCUCACGCCAAAGAGCAUCGGACGAGGGCGGGACUAGCCGAGGAGAUUUUGGCAGAUCGGUGUCGGCCGAUCAAUUGAACCGGAGUCAACAAAGGGGUGACAUUUCUUGCAGUGAUUCCAAUCCUGGUAUCGUUCGAUCGAAAUCAGAUGGUGCCACGGAUCAUCAUCAUCGCAUCAAGUCUCAGUGUAAUUCUAAUUCGCCCCUUCAUUCCCCUCAAAUUCUUUUAAUUAAUAAUAAUUCAAUUUCGCCGCCGGUGGUUAAUGAAAUUGGCGGCCCAUUUGUAAAUAAUAAUCGUAGUGUUGUUAAAUCUCCAAGUGGCAAUGGAUCGCCAGUGAUCAAUGCUGCUGCGUCACUGAAUAAGCCGCCCACUAGCAAAAAUUGUAGGCGGGUAGAAGAUAAUAUGAACGAUUCCACGAGUUUGAACCCGGGUGGUAAUUGUAAUUCCAUGUCUGUUUCGGGGAAUGCCAGUGGUGGUGGGGAAUUAGAUGGUGAUUCCGGUUGUAAUGGGAUUGGCCCUGUAUGUACAAUUAAGAAUCUUGAUACUGGAAAAGAGUUUGUGGUGAAUGAGGUUAGAGAAGAUGGUACUUGGAACAAGCUCAAGGAAGUGGGAACUGGAAGACAGUUGACCAUGGAGGAGUUUGAGAUGUGUGUAGGGCAUUCUCCUAUUGUUCAAGAGUUGAUGAGGAGGCAGAAUGUGGAGGAUGGUAAUAGGGAUGAUGUGGAUUCUAAUGCCAAUGGAAGUGGUGGAAGUGGAUCAAAAUUCAAGAAGAAAGGGAGUUGGCUGAAGAGCAUUAGGAACGUUGCUAGUACCAUGACAGGUUACAAGGAUAGACGGAGCAGUGACGAAAGGGAUACCUCAUCAGAGAAGGGUGGGCGGAGGUCGAGUUCAGCUACUGAUGAUAGCCAAGAUGUUUCAUUUCAUGGCCCUGAGAGAGUUCGUGUUCGACAGUAUGGAAAAUCAUGCAAAGAGAUCACAGCCCUCUACAAGAGCCAGGAGAUACGGGCUCACAGUGGUUCAAUUUGGACUAUUAAGUUUAGUUUGGAUGGAAAGUAUCUUGCUAGUGCAGGUGAGGACUGUGUCAUUCAUGUGUGGCAAGUUGUGGAAACAGAGAGGAAGGGUGAUCUCUUAAUUGAUAAGCCGGUAGAUGGGAAUUCAAAUCUUUUAUUUUUUGCCAAUGGGUCACCAGAACCAACUUCUGUGUCACCAAAUUUGGAAAACCAUCCAGAGAAGAAGAGAAGAGGAAGAUCAUCCACAAGCCGGAAAUCAGUGAGUUUGGACCAAAUUUUGGUGCCAGAGACAGUGUUUGCACUUUCAGAAAAACCAAUUUGUUCAUUCCAAGGACAUCUUAACGAUGUGCUUGACCUAUCAUGGUCCAAGUCUCAGCAUUUGCUCUCUUCUUCCAUGGACAAAACUGUGCGGCUGUGGCACUUGUCUAGCAAGUCUUGUUUGAAGGUUUUUUCACACAGUGAUUUUGUAACUUGCAUCCAGUUUAAUCCUGUUGAUGAUAGAUUCUUCAUCAGUGGAUCCUUAGAUGCGAAGGUUCGAAUAUGGAGCAUUCCUGAUCGUCAAGUUGUUGAUUGGAAUGAUCUGCAUGAGAUGGUCACUGCUGCUUGCUAUACACCAGAUGGUCAGGGUGCAUUGGUUGGUUCAUACAAAGGGAGCUGCCAUUUAUACAACACAUCUGAAAAUAAGUUGCAACAAAAAGGUCAAAUCAAUCUGCAAAAUAAGAAAAAGAAAUCUCACCACAAGAAAAUCACUGGUUUCCAGUUUGCACCAGGAAGUUCAUCCGAAGUUCUUAUCACAUCUGCAGAUUCACGAAUACGUGUCAUUGAGGGUGUUGAUCUUGUUCACAAGUUCAAAGGGUUUCGCAACACGAACAGCCAAAUUUCAGCCUCCCUCACGGCUAAUGGAAAUUAUGUAGUCUCUGCCAGUGAGGAUUCUCACGUCUAUGUUUGGAAGCAUGAAGGCGAUUCUCAACCUAGCAGAAGCAAAGGUGUUACUGUUACGCGGUCAUACGAACAUUUCCACUGUCAAGACGUGUCAAUGGCCAUCCCUUGGCCUGGCAUGUGUGACUCGUGGGGAUUCCAAGACAGAUCUUCCGGAGAACAGAGUCGGCUCGGCGAUGAUGUGGAUGAGGUCUCUACAGCCAAUCACCCUCCUACACCAGUCGAAGAGAUUAAUGGUAACGAGAGUACACUGUUGGCAUGCGCGUGCCCUACUAGUCCGCUUCAUGGAACAAUUUCAAGCGCAACCAACAGUUACUUCUUUGAUAGAAUCUCAGCGACAUGGCCGGAGGAAAAACUUCUUUUGACCGCCAAGAACCAUAGUCCUCGUGUCAGUGUUGACUUCUCAAACAGCAUAAACCAAAGCAGAUCAGCCUGGGGCAUGGUAAUUGUAACUGCUGGCCUACGAGGGGAAAUCAGAACUUUUCAAAAUUUUGGAUUGCCGGUUCGGAUUUGAAGGCGGAAGAAAUUUAAGAAGAGCAAUGUGCUUGUUGAUGUUGAUGAUGCAGUGCUGCAAUUUGUUCAGUUACCCUAAGUUGCAAAAUUUGUACAGAGAUACUUGGUGAGAUUUGUAAUAUUAGCGAGUUCAUUUCUUGUUUCCUUGUGCUCGUGCUAUUCGGAAUUGGAACACAGAUUGAGAUCCAAUCCGAUUAGGCAGAGAAAAAGGAAGAUUGAUUGAUGAAAAAAGAAAAAGAAAAAGAAUGAAAACUACACCAUAAAUUUAGAAUCUGAUGGGAUUUUCUGUAAUCGGGAAUUGUAGAGUUAUGAGUAUGGCAAAAGUUUAUUAAAUUAAACA